AUGUCUAGAGACGCUCCUAUCAAGGCAGAGAAGGAUUAUACCGAGAUUUUGAAGGAAGAAUUACCCAAGAUUGAUAAAACUGCAGAAAAUGACUAUCAAGCCGCCUUGGAUCAAUUAUUAAACUUAGAAAAGAAAAUCCGUCAAGCAUCGGACUUGGCAUCUUCCAAGACCGUUUUGGCUAAAAUUGUAGACCUAUCAGUGGCUCAAGGUAAAUGGUCAGAAUUGGACGAACAGCUAACUUUACUAUCCAAGAAACAUGGUCAAUUGAAACUUUCCAUUCAAUAUAUGAUUCAGCAAGUUAUGAAACAUCUAGACGAUGAUAAGUUAGAUUUGGAUACAAAGAUUAAAGCCAUUGAAACCAUUAGGGUUGUGACUGAAAACAAGAUUUUUGUUGAAGUGGAAAGAGCUGGAGUCACUAGACAGUUAACACACAUUAGAAGGGAUCAAGGUAAAAUUGAAGAAGCCUGUGACAUAUUAUGUGAACUACAAGUGGAAACUUAUGGGUCUAUGGAGAUGUCUGAGAAGAUUGGAUUUAUUCUGGAACAAAUCGAAUUGAGUAUAUUGAAGGGCGAUUUCUCUCAGGCGACAGUUUUCUCAAGAAAGAUUCUAAAGAAAACUUUCAAAAACACCAAAUACGAAUCUCUCAAACUACAAUACUACCAGUUACUAAUAAAGAUUGGAUUACAUAAGAGAGAUUACUUGGAAAUUGCACAGUACUUCCAAGAGAUUUAUCUAACAGAUUCUGUGAAAGCGGAUGAAUCUCAAUGGAAGCCAGCUUUAUCCAAUUUGGUUUACUUCCUAAUUUUAUCACCUUAUGGUAAUCUACAGAAUGAUCUGAUUCACAAGGUAAAGUUAGAUAACAAUUUGAAAAAAUUGGAAGUUCAAGAAUCGUUGGUUAAAUUGUUUACUACCCCAGAAUUAAUGAGAUGGGCUAUUGUCAAGAAGACCUAUGAACCAGUGCUCAAUAAUGAAAAAGUCGCAUUCGGUGGUAAAGAAAAUGCUCAUCACUGGCAAGUGUUACAUAACAGAGUUGUCGAACACAAUCUGAGAGUUAUUUCCAGAUACUAUUCAAGAAUUACGUUACCACGUCUGAAUGAACUACUAGAUUUGAAUGAAGCCGAAACUGAAACUUUCAUUAGUGACUUGGUUAACCAAGGCAUCAUCUAUGCCAAAGUAAAUAGACCAGCUAAGGUGGUCAAUUUCGAAAGACCUAAGCACUCCAGCGAACUGUUGAACGAGUGGUCCGAAAAUGUAGAUCAACUGUUAGAGCACAUUGAAACCAUUGGUCACUUAAUCACAAAGGAGGAAAUCAUGCAUGGAUUGAAAGCCAAAUAA